AGUUUCUGGCGCGUCCAGCGAUGGAAGGCAUCCCGUGACCGGCGGCCGGAAGUGGAGGUUCCGUAGCAUUGGCCCCUAACGGCUCCUGCUUCUCCUCCUUGAGCUGUACGGCGGCUGCGAGGGGCCAGCGGGCAGAGCCGGGAGGUUGCGGAGUCUGUGCGGGAUGGGCGCCCCUCCCCCGUUCUCAUCCCGUGCUAGCCCACUCUUCCCCCCGGAGGCUGGAGUAACAAAUUAAUAUCUUGCACAACAGUGAUGGCUUUUUCUCUAGAAUUUGAAUAUGGAGGCCACAGGGACAGAUGAAGUGGAAAAGCUAAAAUCCAAGUUUAUGUCUGCAUGGCACAACAUGAAAUACAGUUGGGUAAAGAAAACAAAAACUUACUUUAGCAGAAAUUCUGCUGUUUUCUUGCUGGGGAAAUGUUAUCAUUUCAAGUCAAAUGAACCCAGUGAACUCUCUCCAGAUGGAUCCCACUUAGAUAUAGUCAACAAAGUAAUUUCUGGAAAUGUAGAAGAGUUUCGUAAAGAUUUUAUUUCUAGAAUAUGGUUGACUUAUAGAGAGGAUUUUCCUACAAUAAAAGAAUCUGCCUUGACAACCGACUGUGGUUGGGGUUGUACACUGAGAACUGGCCAGAUGCUGCUGGCUCAAGGGCUUGUGCUUCAUUUUCUUGGCAGAGCCUGGACAUGGCCGGCUGCAUUGAACAUUGAAAAUUCAGAUUCUGAAUCAUGGACAAGCCACACUGUAAAAAAGCUGACUACAUCAUUUGAAGCAUCACUUACAGAGGAGACAGAACCCAAGGUCCUGUCAAAUGAUCAUAAGGAAGCACUAAAGAGAGACUGUGAUGACAGUGAAAUAAGAGAUGAAAUUUAUCAUAGAAAAAUAAUCUCUUGGUUUGGAGAUUCUCCACCAGCAUAUUUUGGCUUGCAUCAGCUAAUAGAAUAUGGAAAGAAGUCUGGGAAAACAGCUGGAGACUGGUAUGGGCCUGCAGUAGUAGCACACAUUUUGAGAAAAGCUGUUGAGGAAUCAAGAGAUCCUGAAUUACAAGGGAUAACUCUCUAUGUUGCUCAGGACUGCACAGUUUACAGUUUGGAUGUUGUUGAUAGACAGUGCUCUUCUGUGGGCUCUGAAAAAGCAGACACGAAAGCUGUAAUGAUAUUAGUGCCUGUAAGACUCGGUGGAGAGAGAACCAACAUGGACUACUUGGAGUUUGUAAAGGGAAUUUUGAGUCUUGAGUACUGUGUUGGUAUUAUUGGUGGGAAACCUAAGCAGUCAUAUUACUUUACUGGAUUUCAAGAUGACAGUUUGAUUUACAUGGAUCCUCAUUACUGCCAAUCUUUUGUAGAUGUCAGCAUAAAGGAUUUCCCUCUUGAGUCAUUUCAUUGUCCUUCCCCCAAAAAGAUGUCAUUCAAAAACAUGGAUCCUAGCUGUACAAUAGGAUUUUAUUGUAAGAAUGUGCAAGACUUUGAAAGAAUUUCUGAAGAAAUAACUAAGAAGGUGCUAACCUGCCCCACAAAUCCUAGUCGCAAAUCAAGAGAUGACAGAAAAUAUGAAGACUGUUCUGCAACUUGUUCCACAUGGACGGAAGCUAAUGGAGUUCUACAUAUGUAUGCUGAAAUCUUCAUCUAAGGAGAAAUAUCCUUUGUUUACUUUUGUAAAGGGUCAUUCUAGAGACUAUGACUUUGCCUCCAGUCCUCUUCAUGAAGAAAAUGAUGUUUUCUCCAAGAAUGAAAAGAAGAGAUUAAAAAGAUUUAGUACAGAAGAGUUUGUCUUGCUUUAAGGACAUUUUACAAUAAGGUAUUGACAGCUGUCCUUUUAAAAAAUUGUACAGCACAAGGCAAGCAAUAUUGAAAUUGAUCUUGUUUUAUAAAGAUUAUAAUGUUGUAUAUGUUAGGUCUUUCAAAUGUCACUUAUAAAUGUAAUAACUAGUUAUUUUUGGUUUGUUCAACGAUAGUUGGAUGAAUACAGUGACACUUUUUGCUAGUGAAGACAGACAGAGUUGUUAAGUUAGACACAAUGUAACGUGGACGGAUACCGUGCAUGCCCUCCUGGAUAGCUCUUCCAGUGAGCCUCGUCUUGAUCUGCAGUUCCCACUGCUGUUCCAGUUCCAUUUAUAUGGUGGUUUAGUGGUGUGGAUAUGUCUUCUAGUUUUGAGACUACUAGAUCGUUUCCAGUUGUAAGCAAAACUUGAAUCUAGGGCUCUUGAAGAAAAAGUCUAAUGCAUUUAAUCUAUUUUGCUACUUAAACCCCAAUAAUGGUGGUAGUUAUAAUCAUGAGAUACCUUUUUAGCAGAGCAUACUAAAAAUGUAACUUUGAUAUAUCAAUAGUAAUUGUUAGCUACAAUCCAGAUGCAAUUAUAUAAGCAGAAUUAUGAGCUAAGGUACUAUUUAGCAAUAUUAUUUUAUAAAGGCUAUUCAUUAAACUUGCUUUUGAACCUUAAUAUGAGGAAUGAAUAUAAAGUAUUGGAUUUCCCCUGCAAUUUUUAAAGGUUACAUUAUUAAUAUUAACUUUAACCAAUCAAAGCAGAUAGACAGUUAUUAAGUGGGAGAAGUGUUUGUUUCCUGUCUUGACCAUGUAAUUUUUGAGACUUCUAUUCCUACCCAUUCUGCUUCUAAAUCAGAGCAUAAAACAGCAGAUAAGGAGCAGACUGUAAAUAUUUUGGGAUAUGAUCUUUUGUUAUCUGCCAUUACUGUAAAUUGCUUGUGAUGAUUUUUAGGUGCAUAAAACAUCUAGCAGAUAAAUCUACAUGAAUAGUUUCAUGCUUUAACAAAGCAAAUUCAGAAUUUAAAAUACACACUAACACUGUACAAAUUAAAAAAUUAAAGGUACGAGAAUGUUAAAUGCAUGUCCUUUUGAACUGUAAUGGUACAUUUCACUGUAAUGAUACAUUGUUUGAAUUCUGUAUCUAAAAAAUGAGGGGCAAAUACUUUGUAAUAAGACAAAUUUUAUUGUAAAUCAACUGUUAACUCCUUCUAAAGUGCCUUUUUGGCACAAGAAUGCAUAAAUGUUGUCUAUCCAAAUAAUAUCCUAUGUGUCACUAAAAGGAAGUAAUAAUUGUUCCCAUGGUCAAAACUAAAUAUUUCAUGAUCAGAAAAA